AAACCCUCUUUAGCUGCCUUGGUGUUUUCUCCGUUUACCAUUUCUCGGGAACCCUCGCCGCCAUGUCAUUGCUCACGCGCCGCCUCGGUGCAUUAGCUGCGCGCCUCUCUUCCCCGCUGCGCCGCGGUUACGGAUCAGCUGCCGCUCAGCUCGAUUACGAUUAUUACUACUCUUACGAUGCCGAUGAGCCGCACCGCCGAGGAAUGGAGGAAUCCGACGGCUGGGAGACGCCGGGGAGAGGCGUGCAGUGGGUGAUCAUGGGCGAUCCUUUGGUUCGCCGACACGUGUACGCACAACGCCUCUCCAAGCUUCUCCACGUGCCUCACAUAUCCAUGGGAUCUCUCGUUCGCCAGGAGCUCAACCCUAAUUCGCCUCUCUAUAAAAUGAUUGCAAACGCAGUGAACCAAGGAAAAUUAGUUCCAGAAGAUGUGAUAUUUGGGCUUUUAUCGAAAAGGCUAGAGGAAGGGUAUUGCAGAGGUGAAACCGGCUUCAUUUUGGAUGGAAUUCCUCGAACCACCAUUCAAGCUGAGAUAUUGGAUCAAAUUGCGGAUAUAGAUAUGGUACUGAAUCUCAAGUGCAAGGAAGGUUUUGUGGUAAAGAAGACAAGUUUAGACAAUGGCAUGUAUUUGCCUUCUCAAGAGUUAAAUCCCAUGGCCAACUCUGACUGCAUUUUGAAGGAGAAACUUGCCAUGUAUGCGGAACAGAUGAAGCCUGUAGAAGAAUACUACAAGCAACAGAAGAAGCUUGUGAACUUCCAAGUGGCAGGUGCUCCUGCAGAUACGUGGGAAGGCCUUUUGGCUGCAUUGCAGCUGCAGCACAUGGCUCCCAAUUCAUCCCACAAGUUGACUGCCUAAUUUUGGCCAUUUGUCGACAUCUUGAAUAUUUUUUUUUGUCAAGCUCAUGCAAUUUUGUGAUAGAGAUGAAAAGCUAUGUGCCUGCUUUUCUUUUUUACUUUUUGGUUUUGUUGUUUCAAGAUAUUUGUAAUAGAGAAAUUAGUGCAAACUUUGUUCGGCAUUAUAUUAUAUAGAAUAUAUGAUGAUAUUUGAAA